AUGGGGUAUUUUAAGAAUAGGCCACCAUUUCAAAAGAGAGUAGCAAACUCAUCCCUAUUAAGUUAAUCUGAUGAAAUAUUGUUGGAUGAUCUAUUGUUCCUAAUUUCUUGUUUUGAAAACAACCAUUCAGAAUUUAUAACUAAAUCACCUUCAUAUUAUAUAGAAUAAUACUUUACAUUAACUAAUGAAUAGUAAUGUAUAAUUAAUAAUUGUUUAGGGAAUUUGCAAAUUCUUAUAUCAUUAGAAAUAAAGUGUUAUUAACAUGUCAUUUAAUGCUUCAUGAAUUUUAAUUGGGUAUUGAUUUUGCUGAUCAUUUCCUUAAUUAGAAAUUUAAUGCUUUAUUAAAUAGAAAAUCACCUGUUCUUGUUAAAACAACUUCAUAAAAAGAAGAAUGGCUAUCAGCUAAUAUUUAAUUAAGUUACUUUUAAUAUCUGUAAAAACUUGCAGUGAACAUCUAAGUUUUUCAUGCUUGUAAAGUGCAAUAAUAUCCAUUGUUUUAAGAAGGAUAAAAGUUCAUUGAUAUUUAAACUAAAUUACUUUGGUUAUUUAAGAUUAGUAAUUUGGUAUUUGUUUAAAUUAAAAAUUAUAGGUUAAUAGUGGAUUAGGUUAAAUGGAAAUCUUAAAAUAAGCAUUAUAAAUGGUUCCAGAAGAUAUGUUAUUAAAAGAGAUUGUCUUAGUAUAUUGGUCUGAUAUAAUAGUGUUCUACAAUUUCCUUAGUAAAGAAGUAUUUCAAAAUGAAUAACAAAUAGAUAUUACAAUUAUUAGAUUAUUAUAGACAUUUAGCCACACAUAUUUGUCUUUAAUUUUAUGAACUCUAUUUAUAAUUGUUUCAAAUUAGAAAUUCAAUAUCUGAUCUUUAUAAAUAUCGUAAACAUUUUGAUAGAGACAAUGUUAUUAAAUAACCAAAAUGGUUUGAUGUGAAUAAACCAGUUCAUAAAUAAAUAGAAGAAUUCAUGUUAAAAUAAAAAUUAAAUAUGGGCAAUCAUACAGAUAGAGCUGCAUUAAAACCAUAAAUAUCAAAUAGAGGAUCUAAAUCUCAAAUAGCUUUCGAUUCAAGAAUAGACUUAAGUAAAUUACCUAGAUAAAAUAAUACAAUAAAAACUCAUAGAGCAGGUAGAUAAGGAGAUAGUGAUGGUGAUGAUGAAGAUUUUGAAUAAUUAAAAUAAAUCCUGUAAAAUUAAAAUAUCUAAACUAAAUUAACAAUGAAAAAAUAAUAAUAAAAAUAAGAUUCUUAAGUUUCCUUUUAAAAAUAAUCUCAAGAAGAAGGAACAGAUCUACCAAAAGGAGAUUGA